GCCUGUCCCGGAUUGUCGUGUAUGCACCGACACUCCAGACCGGUUGGGAAAUCAAGAGAAAACCCUCUGACUACCGUUCACAUAUCGUUGAAUAAUUAUGUACAAAACGGUGCGGAAAGGCGAUGCCAGUCUGCAGUACACGAUACUACCGCAGACGGAUCAGUUCUCGUCUGGCGGAUUCCAGCAGGCUUCCAGUAAGCCUCGGCCGAGGAUUAUCAAGUACACGAUGGCCACUAUAAUGGUGCUGAUCAUAUUGUCUUGCGUGGCCACGCCGUUCUUGAUGAAUCAGAAUGAUCACAACCUCUUCGCCAGCACAAUGCGCGCGAUUAGCCGGGUAGAGCCGGUCAGGAACACGUCAAGAAACCAAACGAAGAACGUCAGUGAGAGUAAAAACAGAGGCAAGAUUUCCUCGAUAUCGACAACCGAGGUCACAAGGAGAAAAGACCUUGAGGAUGGCACGACCUCUUUCAAUGUAAUUCUCCGGGGUGAGGAAGAAGAGGAGGAGGCUAUGGUUGAUGACGCUACUUUAGCAGACACACCGGAAAUAAGUACACAAGUGAUUUCGAGCAUGGAAACGUCGACGAGGGAUCAUCAAAUGACAACAACUUCCGCUCUACCAUCGGCAUCGACAACGAUCUUCUCAACAUCGUCGACGACAUCGAAAGUGUUCUCGAGCGGUACGACGGAGGACACAAAAACAGUGAGCACGUCCAAAAAGCCCAAAAUGCCGAGAGUGACCCUGAAGUUGCGAGAGAACGAAACCAUACCACAGAUGUACGUGAAGGCGGGCAUAGCCUCCUAUAAGAAAGGCAACAUCGCCACCAGCGUCCUCGCGAGUGGGCUGAGUCUCGAGGGCUUGAUAUUCAAAACGCCGGAAGGCACGAUAAAACCCUGGCCCCAGAAGUGGUUCCUCGGCGAGCCCUCCGAUUCCGACGUCAAGACGUGGAAAGUGUUCGCCGUGAACCACAUACCAAUGAUAACAGUUUAUGCAAUCUUUGGAGGAAUGUGUGCAACGGCGUGUGGUCUAAUCGCUCUAAUGAUUCACGUGCAACGUGGUGCACGUAAAGCGAUUAGACGUGCAGGACAGAACAUUGAGGAGCCAGAGGUCGAGGAGCACGAAUCGACUCUGCUGGGCGCGGAGAGCCAAGAGAUCGAAGAAAAAGAGUAAUCCUGGCGACGAGCACGACGCACCCGUACAUAGCGCGCGUAAGACUUGCCUAUUUUUACAAAUACACGUCGGUUUUAGGCUUAGAUGUCUUCCACGUUCGGAAGUUAGAAGAUCAAUAAACGCGGGCGAGAUACGAGAAGGAUUUUUUUACGAUGCGAUGUAGCCAGCUGUAGAGAAUUCGCAGUACGAAUGCACAAACAACGUGAUUAUCCCGCCUGAGAUUCGUUUCCUGCGAGACUGCUCAUUGCGUUGCUGUUACGUGCAUACGUUUAUCUUUAUGCCAAGGCAGAUUUUUGAACAGCCCAGUGAGAAAUGACUCAUUAAAUUUAUAUCAAAUCGAUACAAUUUCGACAUCAACUCGAUGUCGAUUGGACAUUUAAUUGACUGUCAUUUCUCACUGGAAGAAGUUUUUUUCGCGAAAGCAGAAACAAUCAUGUUGUACGAUAUCAUUCUUCGCGUUUUUGUUUGAGUGUUCGAUUAACAUGCUCGUCAAUAAAUUAGCAAACGACCAGUUAUAUUUGUUGCAACUGCAGUAUAGUUCAAUUAUUACGACAUAAUUAUAUAACGAUAUCGAUAUGGCGUUAUUUUGCGAUAAUCGAACUAAUUGAAUGAAAAAGUUGCUUGAUCGUAAAGAAAGUUUUGUUAUUUAUUAUAUAAGUUUGCGAUAAGACACGGCAGGUUUUACAAACC